AUGUAUAAAUUCAAUCAUUUAUUUGAUUAUAGCAAUAGUUUAGUGAUUUUACUAAUUAUAUUGAUAACAGCAAAAUGUCACUCAACUGGCACUCCAACCAACUAUUCAAAACAUUCAAUUGUAAAGUUACGUCACGAGCACUUACACCUCUUGAAUGGCCAUUCAGAUCAUAAUGAGAUCAAUUCACCUGAGUAUGAGCCUGACAUCUUAUGGGUCGACACUUCGAGCAACAACUCUUCGUACGCUUUUGUACGCUUAAAGACCAGUCAUGUCCGCAAAAUACGGAGCGCCCCGUGGUUUAGCAGAAGUGGUGCCAGUAUUGUCACUGAUAACCUGCAGUCAUGGAUCGGUAACACAGAAAUGUUGAGCGACUCGAGCAGCUCUAGUAGUCACUUAAGUUUCCUAAAGGGCCGACAAUCAGUUCUGGUGCCAUCGUUUGCGUUGGACAGGUAUCACCCACUUAGUCAAGUAAACCGUUAUCUAUCGACAAUUAGUACAUUAAGCAAUGUUGAUGUGAUUGAUAUUGGCAUAAGCCAUGAGGGAAGGCCUAUAAAAGCUGUGCAAAUCAAGAAUAAUCCCAAAAGUAGUGACUAUAUAUGGAUCGACGGGUGCACUCACGCACGGGAAUGGAUAACAGUGGCCACAGCACUGUUUAUUAUAGACAACAUUAUCAGUGAUAAUUUAAAACAAAAUUUCAUAAUUGUUCCUAUUAUUAAUGUGGACGGGUAUGAGUAUACCUGGAAUACGGACCGAUUGUGGCGUAAAAACCGGCGACCAUACAGUGCCAGUACUUUAGUGAGCACUCCAAUGCCCGACAGAUGCAAUGGUGUUGAUCUGAACCGCAAUUAUGAUAUCAACUUUGGUGGUGAGGGCGGCAGUUCUAACCCCUGUUCAUUCCUAUAUGAAGGACCGUCACCUUUCUCGGAACCAGAGGUUAAGGCAGUUAGCGAUUUGCUCUGGAAAUUCAAGAACCGUAUCAAACUGUCCAUUUCAUUGCACUCUUUCAAUCAACUUUGGGCCUCUCCUUAUGCCUAUACCAAGAGCUCAUCGAUCCAUUACGACCAUCACAUGGAUGUACUGCAAGAUAUACAAAACGCAGUCUACAAGACUAAUGGUGUCAAGUAUCAAAUCGGACCAUUAGGUCAGUCUUUAUAUGUUGGCUCAGGAUUUAUGAUGGACUGGAUUUACACAAAGUUAGGCAUAACUAAUACCUAUUUAUGCGAACUCCGGGACAAAGGUGUGCACGGAUUUCUACUACCGGCCGAUCAGAUAAUGCCGACAGCACUGGAAACCUGGAACGGUAUACUCGCGGCCAUUAGAAAACUGUUUUAA